GUUUCCGUUUAGCAGACGAAUUUCCGUAGAAUUCCCAGUCCUUGUUGAAAUAUAAAAACAUUUUAAAGUCAGUUUAGAUACGCCUACGAUGGGUUUGCGAGCGACGUCCCUAUUUAAAAGUUUGUAAAGCAUGUGUGCAUAUGUGAUAUGAAAACUUGGUAUCUGUAGAAGGCAGUGUAGAUCGUAGAGUACAUUGUGUGCGUACAAGUGUUCGUUCUCCAGCCAAUCAUCGCGCUGCGUCGACUUGGGAACUCCGGAAGCCUUCCUCGGUUGUUUUUUCACAUUUAUAAUGUGAUAGAGAUACCCACCAGGCCGGGUAUUCUGUCCACGGAAACGGUGUUUACCUUAGUACUUAAUAACAUGCAGUAACGUCCAAAGCACAUAAGAACAAUGCCACGACAUACCCAAAUCACGAUGUCACUGCACGAAAAGUUAAUGAAAGGCGUGAAAGGGAGACCUAGCAAACCGCGGGCAUCCCAAAGCACUACCUCCCCGCCCAUAGACCUGUUCCUCGCCGCAAACCCAGAGGAAACGGUAGCUGCCUCGUCAUUUGCAAAUAUGAGGAAAAGAAGUAGAAUGUCGGAAUCCCUAUUGGUGAAAACACCCCGUGCUCGAAUGGGUGAUACAAGCUCAUUUUUGGUGGUGGAUGGAUUCACUUUUAAAGAUGAGAAUAGAGUGUCAUUGCCUGAGGCCUGUGAAGUGGAAGCAAAGGAUGAAGACAACGCGGAAACAUUUAUUGAUGAUAUCACAAUCAAAGAAGAGGAGCCUGAAGGUUGUGAUCCUUUAUUAACUUUUCCUUGCAAUGAUUGUGAGAAUGUGUAUGCGACCAAAUGUGAAUUAGAGGUUCAUUUAAAGGAAGGACAUAAAGACGAAAACCUCUUCAGUUGUAUGAAUUGCGAUGAAGAGUUCCUCGAGGAGGGUGAACUUGCACUCCAUGCUGAAUUACACGUUAAGAGAGAGAAGGUGAAUGGUAAGGUUACUUCAGAGCCUUCGGAGACUUUGGUAUGGACUAGUGCUGCUAGUGAAUUGAUUGUUAAUCCUCCAAGUAUAGACAUGGCAUCAAAGGGAGAAGCUGACUCUCGGCAGUUCACCAUGACUACUGACCUGACCAGAUGUCCUACACUAAAAGACUAUACGUCCUCAACACCAUUGAACAACUCACUUAAUGAUGCAACUCCUCUUAGGCCCAGUAAAAAGAGGAAGCAGAACAGUAGUGACGUUACCCACACUGACGACCAGUUCAUGAAAGUGCUAGCUGAUGUGCAUAAGAUAUCAACACGCCCAUCUUUCCAAGAGCACUGGCUCAGGGACAGCCAGUUCAAAGGUUGGCUGGUGGGCAUUGACGGUACAACUUCGAAGGCCUACUGUCGGUUAUGCCACAAGAAGCUUAGUGCUGAAAUAACAUCACUGAAGCGCCACCGACUCUCUCAGAAACAUGUAGCCUUGGAGAAGAACCAGAAGACGACUCCAGCCAGGUCUACUACUACGUUUAGACCACCACCGGAACCCAGCAAAAUUAUGAAUGGUGUAGCCUAUGCCACAAUAUUAUUCGUUGUAUUUUUGGCUGAACAUAAUUUGCCAUUUAGGCUAUGUGGUGACCUGAUGGAACUGAACAAGAGGAUGUUCCCCGAUUCUGAGAUCGCGGCUCAGAUGGCGAUUCGGAGGAAGAAAUGUGCAUCUCUCGUUCAAAGCCUCGGGGAUUACGCCUCCCAGAAAUUAGCUAAUAAGCUAACAAAAAGCAAAUUUAGUUUGAUUGUGGACGAAGUAUCAGACUGCGGCUCAGAGAAAGCAUGCGCUGUAGGAGUGAGGUAUUUUGACGUGGAUGAAAACGUUAUAAAGACCACAAUGCUCGACGUUGUAAACGUUUGUGAGGGUAACGAGGCAGGUCCAACUGGGGAGGGCUUAUACAGUAAGCUUGUUUCCAGUCUAGGUUUGCUCAGCAUUCCGACAUCCAACCUCAUAGGAUUUGCGUAUGAUGGGGCAUCUAAUAUGAUGGGUGUUUUUAAUAGCGUAAGCAAUCUGCUCCGAGAUAGCUUCCCAGGAAUUUCAGUCUUCAAAUGUGUAUCCAGCCGUCUUCAAAUAUGCGCAAAUGAGGCAUCAAAAGCUCUGCCAGAGUCAUGUGAGAACCUCGUUCAUAACAUCUAUAGUUACUUUGGCCAAAGCGGUAAGCGGCAUGAAUUUGAAAAUCACCAACUCUUUUGUAAUACAAAACAUUUUUCUGCCACUCAGUGGUUAUCCAUCCAUGAGGCUGUUGCAAGGAUCAUAGAACAGUGGCAGCCCUUAAAGAUGUUUUUCACAAAUGUGUUGUGGAAAGACCGGUCGUCCGCCGUCGAACAGAUAUGUGACGCAAUGAGAAACCCUUCUGUCUACUGCUAUUUAGUUUACUUGAACUACAUAUUGCCACACAUCACUAGCAUUAGCGAGGUUUUCGAAUCCACAUCAACCAACUUCCACCUUCUCCAUGACAAAAUAUCUGGUCUUUACAGGCUCCUCUUAAAUGAUUUCUGCGACUCGCACAAAGUAGCAGCCUCAGCAUUGCACGAGAUAGAACCGUGCGAUCCUUCAUACCAUCUACCUAUAGAACAAAUCAACCUUGGGGAGGAAGUGAACAGUUUAUUCAGUCAACCAGAAUAUAAAGAUGACAUGGUCCGGGAUAUUCGACUCCGAUGCAGAACUUUCAUGAUUGCCGCGUGCCAGCAAAUCAAGGAAAGGUUUGACCUCAACAACAAAUUAUGGCGACUAGCAUCUUUUUUAAAUCCAAAGCAAGUUCUCGACGAGGAUGUACGGUCACACCAGCCAUCGAUAUCAGACUUGUUAAAGGAAGUGCCUCGCAUCAAUCAUUUCAGUAGUCGAAUGCUGGACGACCAGUGGCGCAGCAUAUGCUAUCACGUGUUUCCUGAACAUAUCAAAUCGGCCCAGAACGAUGCAGGUGCGUUUUAUAAAGGCCUUAUAGAGUUUGAGGAUGAUGCAGGGCGUCGCAUUUACGAACAUUUCGGUAGAUUUGCGAUGCAGAUCUUGUCACUCCCGGCUUCCAACGCAGACGCCAAAAGGGUUUUCUCCGAAUUGAAUUUCUUCAAGAGAAAAGAGAGGAAUUCCCUGAAGAUGAGUACCGUCAAAUCCCUAAUUCACUUACGGGAGUGCGCAGCGAGUAAGGAUGGAGUCUUCGAGCCAGACAAGGGGAUGGUGAUGCACUUGGCUUCCACGUAGUAGCCAGUUAUAUCUAAGAAGGUUUUUUUAAGUUGUAUAUAUGUUACUUUAUUUGCUUACGGAAUUCAUUUAUUGUAUAUUGUUUUAUACAGUUCCAUGAAAUGAUAAUUUAUUGUAGAAUAAGUACAAUUCCAUUACCUUUUACAAUACAAAUAUAUGUCUAAAAAUAACUGCU